AUGACUACAGUUACUUCCUCUUCGUUAAACGAUUGCAUAUUAAUACAAAAGUGGUUGCUUCUUAGAGUGAGCAAUGGAGUGUUCUCUAGCCAUCCCCUCUCUACCCAGUACUCUGCGAAUUUGGAUUUUAACAUGUUCGAUAGGGGGUGGCCCCCAACUGAAGAAAAACCUUUCUUGAUGUUCUUCGUUUAUAAGUACAUCAAGCAGCUGAAGCAAAUGAAUGAACAAACAGAAGCGCUUCAAAGGCUAUUAAAGAAGAGAAGAAGAGAAGAUAAUGCUACUAAUGCUAUUACUACUGAUGCUCCUGAUGCUGCUGCUAUCAUUGAUGCUACUGCCAGUGAUAACUCUAAUAGCCCUACUACUCUUUCUGCAGCUUUGACAUUGACGUCUAGUUCUGUAGCAAGCAUUUCAACAAAUACUAAUUGGGUGCAUAAUGGUUACAAUAUGACAGUAAAACUGACUGAAUUAAGAAGAAAAGCAGUAACAAUGGAAGGACAAGACUGCAAGCUGAAUGCAUCACAAAAGUUGCAAGUAUCACUGUCUUGUAUAUUGAUGCUUAACCACAUAUACUUUGUCUCUGAUAGAGAGCAAAAGUCAAUCAGUAAAUUCCUUCCGCAGCAGCUGUAUCUUUUCCUCAAUAAUCUUAACAAGAAUGCUUUGCCUGCUGUGCCCAAUGUUGCUAAGAGUUGGACCGAAGAGCUCAAGAGCAUUAACUUUGACUUCGUUGAGAAUGAUAUAAGCUUCGAAGAUCGCAUUACCAAGUUGUUGAGAAGAAAGACUCUUUCGUAUAUGAGUCAAGCAAGCAAACUUGAAGAUGAUAUCUUGAUAUCAUAUGCCAGCAUUCUGAAUGAAGUCGUCGCUUCUCAUAAGCGAUGA